AACUGCCAUAGUUGCAGCUUUACUAGCUUACCUGUUGGCCGUUAGCAAACGCCAAAUCAGCUACUAGUCGACUGCUAGUCUAUUUCUUCCAUAAGAUAAACCGAAUCUAGGAUGAUCAGCGAGCGAUAAUAAAUAUCGCCUGGUCAACAAACACCGCUCCUAGCUUUGUUGGCCGGGUUGUUGCCAGGCGUCCCCUCGUGUCAGCCAUGGGGCGAGCUGAUCAUCAUUACCACCACGUGCACGUAGUUGUCACGGGAGGCUCGCCACCAUUUUCCCGCCCCGAGGUCAACUAGGCGAGAGGACUUACAGAUUUUCCCCAAGGCUUAUUGUCCGUCCGGUCCCGCGUGUAACAUCCGUCUCGCGUGUAACAUCCGUCCCGCGUGUAACAUCCGUCCCGCGUGUAACAUCCGUCCCGCGUGUAACAUCCGCGUGUCAGUCUCAGCGAGUGCGCCAUGGGGCCGGCGCGAGUCAUUCGUGCGAGUCGACUCACGACAGUCCACACGCGCCUUCUCGCCCUCCUCUGCCUCGUCCUCGCCGCAUCUGCCGCUCGGACAGUUAGCCACCGUGGCGCCGGCCGUACGGGAGGUAGGCACAGCAGCAGCAGAUGGAGAAGCAGCAGCAGCAGCAGCAAUGCCAGUGACGGCAGCAGCGCACCCCCCCCGAAUUCAUCCACACUUCCUCCGCCCCCCACUCCUGCCGCGCCUCCUCCCCUUGCUGAGCACCAAGCAGAGGCACCCUCGGCAAAGCAGCAGCCACCUGCAGGUUCCGAGACAGACGCAGCGCACAAACCACCCCUGACCCAGCAGCAAGCAGAGGGGCCCUCCGCAGAGCAAUUCACAGCUGCAGAUUCUGAGACAGACACAUUGCACAAACCGCCCCCAACCCAGCCACAACUAGAAGCCCAGCGGCAAGCACCGCCCCCUCUGGAUCCGGAGCAAACUGAGUCGCAGAAAAGAGCGGCUCCUCCCCCGACGCCGCAACAGACAGAUACGCCUACCGCCCAGCAAGAAGCCGAGGGGGAAAAGGAAGGAGAGGCGGAAAGAGGAGGAGAGGGGAGGGGAGCAGGAAAGGAUGGAAAGAACGAGGUGGAGAAGGAAGCGGAGGUGGGAAAGGGAGAAGAGAAGGAACAAGGAGGAGAGGCGGAACGAGGAGGGGAGGUGGAAAGAGGAGGGGAGGAGGAAAAGGGAGGGGAGGCGGAAAAGGAAAAAGGAGGGGUGGAAAAAGGAGGGGAGGAGGAAAAGGGAGGAGAGGCGGAAAAGGAAGGAGAGGAGGAAAAGGGAGGAGAGGAGGAAAAGGGAGGAGAGGAGGAAAAGGGAGGAGAGGAGGAAAAAGGAGGAGAGGCGGAAAAGGAAGGGCAGGAUGAAAAAGAAGGAGCGCUGGAAAGAGGAGGAGAGGAGCCUCUGACGCAUCCCCCAUCACCUUCUCUCCUCACCCAACAACAGGCAGAGCCGCCCCUCAACCAUCAACAAGCAGAGCCGCUGCAGCAGGCAAAGCCCCCCCAGACACAGCAGCAGGCAGGCGUGCCCCUGACGCAGCAGCAAGCAAAGCCGCCCCUGACGCCGCAGCAGGCAGAGGCGCUGGUAACCCUAUCGCAGGACGUGCACGAGGCUGCCGACCUGCCGGAAGAUUCCCAGAAGGUGCUGCUGGGUGGCAUGGGGGCAGCGCUGGUAGCAGCUAAGAUGUGGCCGUGCAACCUGUUCGGGGGGCGGGGGGCGUGCAGGGCUGUGAGGGGCGGAGGGCAGGAGGGCAGUGCGAGUAUGGGGCAGCAGUGUGCGGUUGACCUGGUCAACCCCUCUGUUGACUGCGCGUACACUCUAGAGGAGCAGGUGGACCUGUCCCUGGACCCCAAUGUGGUGGUCAGGUCGCGACUGGUGCAGGCGGGAUACGACCCGCCCUGUGAGCCGUGCCUGCAGGCGCUGCACCGCUUCUGGUGCGGCCAGACCGCGCCCACCUGCGGCACAUUUGACAAAAUCUUGGACGAGAUUCUGCCGGAGCUGCGCCAGAUAACGACGGGCCAGGAGAAGCCUGACGCCCUCAUAGAGGCUGCCCUCCCCCGCAUGAUCGCAGCUUUUUCCCUCGGGCUGCCCUGCAAAGAAAUGUGCCUCGAAGUCACCUCCUUCUGUAGCUGCGGGCAGAUCACCACCUUCGGGCAGGCGAUGGAGUUUUUAGAGGCUGCCCGUCCAGGCAGGGAGCCUGCUGUCGGGUCGGUUCAGGGGAGUGCGAGGGAGGUGGGCAGGCAGGUGGGAGGAACGGUGCCCGUUGGAUUUGCGACGGGGAUGUCGAAUCGGACGGCUGAGAAGAUCUUCAAGCAUGUCUGGGAUCGGCAUGUCUGCGACCUUUUCGCCCCGUCGGACAUGCCUGGUUUCGAGGGCAAGUGCUACAAGCACACUCAGGUGGUCGCGAGCUGUGAUUGGUGCAAGGAUGGCGCUGAGACGCCUGAUGAGAUGGCAGUGGAGAUAGUGGCACAGAUGGCACAGUCUGUAUCGAGUAUGAUGCAGGCUGGUCUGGAGCAGGUUCUCUUUGCCGCUGCCUUCCCCCUAGCUUCAGUCAGCCACCACGUUUCACGUACCCGCGCUGCUGCUGCUGCUGCCGCCGCUACUGGUAGAAGCACGGGUGCUGGUGGUGACAGUGCUGCUGCUGCUGCUGCCUCUGCUGCUGGCACUGGUGCUGGUGCCGGCGCUGGUGGAAGGGAGGGGGGGACUGAACAGGAGGGACACGGGGGCGAGGAGGGAGCAACAGAGGCACGAGCAGAGGUGGAGGAGGUGGAGACGGAGGAAGCGGUGAUAGAAGCGGAGGAGAAGAAGGAGUUUGACUUCGGGGGGAUAGAGGAGGAGGACAGUGCGGUGUCGUGGGACCCGCGAGAGCAGGUGCUGGGCGCUGCUGGCGCAGCGGAUGUGAUGGGCGGCAUGGAGACAGGUGGGAGGGCGGAUGUGGGUAGGGCAAGUGGUAGUGGUGGUGGCGGUGGAGGGAUGGAGGGAGCACUGCACGGGGUUGCGACGGGCAGAGGGGAAGGCGGGUUGGGCCGAGGGAAAGGUGGGAUGACAGCAGGUGGGAUGACAGCAGGUGGGAUGACAGCAGGUGGGAUGACAGAAGGUGGUUCUCUUGCCUCACCUCGUGGGCCAGACGCGCGAGAGGUGGCAGCAGAGGAGGCAGAGGAGGAGGAGAAGGAGGAGGAAAGGGAGAUGGAGAAGGGAGAGGAGGAGGAUGCUGGUGAGGUAAGGAGCAGGCACCCUAGCAGCAGCAGCAGCAGCAGCGAGACAAGGGACUCCAUGACUAACACCCGCCCGGCCCUUGACCCCUCCUACGACCACUCCUUCAGCACAGAAUUUGGAGAGCCGUCUCUCUCUUCCUCCUCCCCAUCAGCCCCAGUGCCGCUGGAAACCAACAGAGGGGGCAGCCAGGACGGCAGCGGGGGGUCGGUGUGGGUGGGGGUGCUGCUGGUGGUGGUGGUGGGGGGGGCGCUGGCGGCGUUUGCAGCGCUUCAGCUGAUGAGGAAGCAGAAGUGGAGACGGGCGGCUGAUGGUGGGACGUCGUAUGUGCAGGUGCAGGAGAUGGCGUAUGUGCCUCCCUCUCUGUGAUGUGUGCCUGGGUGGCUUAUAUAUGUAUUGACCUUAUUGGUUGU